AGCCCCAUGGGAUCCACCAACAUGUCAUAUCUGAACCCAAAGACAGUGAUCCUGAUUGGUAUCCCUGGACUACAGCAUGUGCAGUUUUGGAUUGGAUUUCCUUUCCUUGGUGUAUGUCUGGUGGCUCUCCUUGGGAACACCUUCUUGCUAAUCAUUAUCCCUAUAGAACGCAGUCUGCACCAACCAAUGUACAUCUUCCUGGCAGUACUGUCAGCAACUGACCUGGGUCUCUGUGUGGCCAUUGCUCCUAAGAUGUUGGCCAUUUUCUGGUUUGAUUCUUACUCCAUGGCCUUUGAUGCUUGCCUCACCCAGCUCUUCUUCAUUCACGCCUUGCAGAGCAUGGAGUCUGGCAUCCUAUUGGCCAUGGCCUUUGACCGCUAUGUUGCCAUCUGUAAUCCUUUGCGCCACACAUCCAUUCUCACACCUUUCUUUCUAACUCGAGUGGUGCUGAUGGUGGCAAUUCGGGCAACAGUGCUUGUUGGUAUUUUACCCAUUCUACUCAAAAGACUGAAUUUUUUCCACUCUCUGGUUAUUGUGCAUUCUUACUGUGAGCACAUGGCUGUAGUCAAGUUGGCUGCAGAAGAUGUCCGUAUUAACAAAUCAUAUGGGCUCUUUGUGGCUUUUGCAAUUCUAGGUUUUGACAUGAUCUUUGUCUUCAUCUCCUACAUUCUGAUUUUUCAAGCUGUUUUUCAUCUUCCCCAGAAAGAGGCACGAAUCAAAGCAUUCAACACAUGUACUGCUCAUAUCGUUGUCUUCCUGGAGUUUUAUAUCCUUGCCUUUUUUUCCUUCUUCAGUCACCGUUUUGGUCAUGUAUUACCCUAUGUCCACAUCCUCUUGUCCACCAUCUAUCUGCUUGUGCCCCCUGCCCUCAACCCCAUUGUCUAUGGUGUGAAGACCAGGGAGAUCCGUAGAAGGGUUGCUCAGAUGUUUGUUCUAAAGUCUGCCACCCAGCAAUGA